GUCACAAUCAACCGCACGAUUCGUGAUCUGAUCGCGUCAGUUUUUCAAUAGUUAUUUUUCAAAGUUGGAUGCCAUAAGUAUUCUGUUUUUAAAAAGAUUUCUAUAAGCAAAGAAAGUGAGCCUAUAGUAUUGUACGCAAGUUUAUGUAUUAAAUAGUAUAACCUAGAAACAAAUGUGUAGUCGAUUUCUAACCUCAACAUGGUUCGCUACAAGAACAGAUAUUUAACAGUUCAAGUGUCUCUUAAGAAUAAAGGUGAUCAAUCGCUGAAUUUAAAAACCAAUGCCUUACAUGAAGCUAUUCAUCGGAAGGUAUGGGAGAUGUACGGCGAUUUCGGAACUGCAGCGAUAAAAGCUGGCUUUUCUGCAAAGUAUUGCAACGCUCACACGAGAAUUGCACUGAUUAAAGUACGUCAUGGGCCACACAAUUUUUUGCUAAAAGCUGUUCCAAAAAUCAUUGAUGUUGGAGGUAAACAUGUUUCUGUAAAGAUUAUUUACGUUGGAGCCACCAUGAAACAUUGUUUUAUGUUUAUCAAGAAAUACCAGACUAGGAAGUUGGAGUCAAUGUGGAGGAAAAUGGAGAGCGCAAAAGAGAGAAAAGAUCUUGAGGAGGCAUUAAUGACCAUGACACCUGCUAUGAAGGAUUUUAUGUAAAAAAAUAAGAUGACUGUGAUACCAUAAUUAUAAGACAAGUAUAGCUGUUGGCUAAAAAUACGUUUUUUAGUAGCUCCAG